GAAACAAUGGAAGAUUCUGAGUCUCCCAAAAUCAUGGAAGAAGAUUGUAUAUUUCUCAUAGGAAAGAAGAAGGAAAAUGUUGUUGAAGUUACUGCAGAUUCCUUGGUGGCCCUUUUCACUCUCGAGUGCUGCCGCAAUCCAGCUCUGAAUGUGGUGCUUGUGGAGAGGGAGGGUAACAGUGCCACAGAAUCAAGUGCCAACAAGUCUGAUAACAAUGUAUGGUUUCCUGUGAAUGUUAAAACACUUUCAUUCCCACUAUUUUGCAUUCAUGAAGAUAAAUGCCGAUAGAUAAAAA